UGCGCGCCCGGGACGCAGGGACCUGGAGCAGUUAGUUGCUCUUCCGUGGCCUGACUUUCCCGUGUUUUCACCUGCCGCGGCAGCAUGGGGCCCGGGCCGCGCACUCUGGAGUUCUUCUACGAUGUGAUGUCCCCCUACUCCUGGCUGGGCUUCGAGGUCCUGUGCAGAUACCAAAAGCUCUGGAACAUCAAGCUGAAGUUGCAGCCCACCCUCCUCGGGGGCGUCAUGCGGAGCAGCGGAAACCAGGCGCCGGGUCUGUUGCCCGCCAAGGCCCAGUACAUGAAAGGUGACCUUAAUCUCCUGAAAAGGCAUUUCCAGGUGCCCUUGAAUUUCCGCAAUGAUUUCUUCUCUGAGGUUGUUCCAAAAGGAACCCUGGCAGCCAUGCGAUUCCUCACCGCAGUCAACAUGGAGCAACCACAGAUGCUGGAGAAGGUGUCCAGGGAGCUGUGGAUGCGCAUCUGGUCACGGAAUGAAGACAUAGCUGCACCCCAGAGUAUCCUAGAGGCUGCAGAGAAAGCAGGUUUGUCUGCAGAGCAAGCCCAAAACUUUCUGAAGAAGGCAUCCACAGCAGAGGUGAAGAACAAGCUCAAGGAGACCACUGAGGCAGCCUGCAAAUAUGGGGCCUUUGGGCUCCCUACCACUGUGGUCCAUUUGGAUGGUAAAACCCACAUGUUAUUUGGCUCUGACCGCAUGGAGGUGCUAGCAUACUUGCUGGGAGAGAAGUGGAUGGGCCCUGCGCCUCUAACCCAGAGUGCCAGACUCUAAGACUGCAAAGUACUGGUAUAAACCAGCAGGACACUGGCUUUGCCCCUCCCCCUCCCCCUCCCCCUUGGUGCACUGGGUUUUGGGUAUCUCUUCUGUGGCCCCAGGGGCAGUCUCUUCUACCUACCCCUACCAAUCGUCCACCAUUAGCCAUGGCUGCCUUUAUUUCUGCCCCUUCCCAAGUGCCUUUUGGAGAAUCCCACAUUCUGCUUUCCCACAAAAUAAAGCCCAUGCCAAUCAAUAAGCAGAAGAU